UCCGGUUGAAUUAGUGGUCACAGAGAAUUCAAGAUGGCGGCGCACAUGUCGCAUUGUAGAAGUUGGGGCCGUGUUCAGAGGUUUGGAAUUGCAGUAUAUAGAAAGUACAGCAGUGGCAGUAGAUAUCCAAAUAUCUCACUCUCUGCACCGUUACCAGGGAUCCCUAAACCAGUGUUUGCGUCUGUUGACGGGCAUGAGCAAUGCGAGACUAAAAUCACUACUUUGGAAAAUGGCCUUAAAGUAGCAUCUCAAAACAAGUUUGGUCAAUUCUGCACUGUUGGAAUUUUAGUGAAUUCAGGAUCCAGACAUGAGACAAAAUACCCCAGUGGAAUUGCACACUUUUUGGAGAAACUGGCCUUUUCUUCCACAGCCCAGUAUGGCAGUAAAGACGAAAUUCUUCUCACACUUGAAAAACAUGGAGGGAUCUGUGACUGCCAAACGUCCAGAGACACCACCAUGUAUGCCGUCUCUGCCGAGGUGAAGGGACUGGACACGGUAGUCAGCCUGCUCUCUGAUGCUGUAUUGCAGCCACGCCUGCUAGAUGAGGAGAUUGAGAUGACUAGGAUGGCAGUGCGCUUUGAGCUGGAGGAUCUGAACAUGAGGCCUGACCCUGAACCUUUACUGACAGAGAUGAUCCACGCAGCAGCAUAUCGGGGGAACACUGUUGGGUUGCCUCGCUUCUGUCCAGUAGACAACGUGGAGAAGAUUGACAAGAAGCUGCUACAUACGUACCUGCGGAGCUACUACUGCCCAGAGCGUAUGGUGCUAGCCGGUGUGGGUAUCGAACAUGAACAACUGGUGGCCUGUGCCAGGAAAUAUCUGCUGGAUGUGAAGCCAGUAUGGGGAGCCAGUACGCCUACCAAUGUCGACCUGUCUGUGGCACAGUACACUGGUGGAAUCGUAAGGAUGGAUAAGGAUAUGUCAGAUGUGAGCCUUGGCCCCACUCCCAUCCCUGAGCUCACCCACAUCAUGAUUGGCCUGGAGAGCUGCUCGUUCCUGGAGGAGGACUUCAUCCCAUUUGCCGUCCUCAACAUGAUGAUGGGUGGAGGCGGGUCCUUCUCAGCGGGGGGUCCUGGGAAAGGCAUGUUCACUCGGCUUUACCUGAACGUGCUCAACAGGCAUCAUUGGAUGUACAAUGCCACCUCAUACCAUCACAGUUACGAGGACAGCGGCCUGCUGUGUAUCCAUGCCAGUGCAGACCCCAGACAGGUUCGGGAAAUGGUGGAGAUUAUAACCAGAGAGUUUAUUCAGAUGGCUGGGACAGCAGGAGAGAUGGAGUUGGCGAGAGCGAAGACGCAGCUCAAGUCCAUGCUGAUGAUGAACCUGGAGUCGCGGCCGGUUAUCUUUGAAGAUGUCGGCCGACAGGUUCUAGCCACAGGGAAGAGGAAGCUGCCACACGAGCUGUGUGACCUCAUCAGUAACAUUACAGCAAGUGAUAUCAAGAGGGUCACAACGAAGAUGCUGCGCAGCAAGCCAGCAGUAGCAGCGCUAGGAGACUUGACUGAGAUGCCCUCCUAUGAGCACAUCCAAGCUGCCCUGUCCAGCAAGGACGGACGCCUGCCUCGCAUGUACCGCCUCUUCCGAUAGACCUCCCUGUGUUUACCCUGACAUCAAUGUAUAUAUAUAUACUGGACACUGACCUACACUACCGGUCAAACGUUUUAGAACACCUACUCAUUCAAGGGUUUUUCUUUAUUUAAAAUGUUUUCUACAUUGCAGAAUAAUAGUGAAGACAAACUAUUAAGUAAAACAUAUGGAAUCAUGUAAUAACCCAAAAAGUGUGAAAAACAUAUAGCCACUCUCUGCCUGGAAGACUGCUUUGCACACUCUUGGCAUUCUCUCAACCAGCUUCACCUGGAAUGCUUUUCCAACAGUCUGGAAGGAGUUCCCACAUAUGCUGAGCACUUGUUGGCUGCUUUUCCUUCACUCUGCGGUCCGACUCAUCCCAAACCAUCUCAAUUUGGUUGAGGUCGGGGGAUUGUGGAGGCCAGGUGCAGCACUCAUCACUCUCCUUGGUAAAAUAGCCCUUACACAGCCUGGAGGUGUGUUGGGUCAUUGUCCUGUUUAAAAACAAAUGAUAGUCCCAGUAAGCCCAAAUCAGAUGGGAUGGUGUAUUGCUGCAAAAUACUGUGGUAGCCGUGCUGGUUAAGUGUGCCUUGAAUUCUAAAUAAAUCAUAGACCGUGUCACCAGCAAAGCACCCCCACACAAUCACACCUCCUCCAUGUUUCAAGAUGGGAACCACACAUGCGGAGAUCAUCCGUUCACCCACACGGUGUGUCACAAAGACACGGCAGUAGGAACCAAAAAUCUCAAAUUAGGACUCCAGACCAAAGGACAAAUUUACACCGGUCUAAUGUCCAUUGCUCGAGUUUCUUGGCCCAAGCAAGUCUCUUCUUCUUAUUGGUGUCCUUUUAGUAGUGGUUUAUUUGAAGCAAUUUGACCAUGAAGGCCUGAUUCACGCAGUCUUCUCUGAACAGUUGAUGUCUGUUACUUGAACUCUGAAGCAUUUAUUUGGGCUGCAAUUUCUGAGGCUGGUAACUAAUGAACUUAACCUCUGCAGCAGAGGUAACUCUGGGUCUUCCUUUCCUGUGGCGGUCCUCAUGAGAGCCAGUUGUAAUGGACUGUUGUUUCUCUUUGCUUAAUUGAACUGUUUGUGCCAUAAUAUGGACUUGGUCUUUUACCAAAUAGGGCUGUCUUCUGUAUACCCCCCUACCUUGUCACAACACAACUGAUUAGCUCAAAUGCAUUAAGAAGGAAAAGAUUCCACAAAUGUACUUUUUAAGGCACACCUGUUAAUUGAAAUGCAUUUCAGGUGACUACUUCAUGAAGUUGGUUGAGAGUAUGUGCAAAGCUGUCAAGGCAAAGGGUGGCUAUAUUUUUGUUGGUUACUACGUGAUUCCAUAUGUGUUAUUUCAUAGUUUUGAUGUCUUCACUAUAAUUCUACAUUGUAGAAAAUAGUGAAAAGAAAAACCCUUGAAUGAGGUGUUGGUACAAAAAUGUUCUCAAUGGAGCUGUGCUAAGCACUGGGAGAGGAUUAAUGUUUGGAUCUCCAACUGUAAAAGAACAUUUUUGAGUGAGGUGAUUUUUUUAAAACAUUUUUUUUUUGUGCUUACCUGGAGUGUCUACACUUUCUUGCCAGAGGGAAGUUUUAAUUUCCUGUUCACUAUCCCACCUGACCCAUGUUGGCUGGGAUGGUUUGCAUGCUUUUGGGUUUAAUUCCAAGUAUGUGUGAAUGAAUAUGGCUCAAGAGUUACAUUGCUGGAUCUGUAGAGGGAGACCUACAAAUUACCUUCAUGGUAAAAAGGAAAAUAAAGGGUUGUGAUUCUCUGUU